AAUUACUCCCACGCGUAUAUUUGAUUAAGUUGGGUAAUCACCAAGCUGUGUGCACGUGAUGUUUUCAUAGUUUAUCUCACGUCUUCACGCCACAAGUGUUUAUGUGUCACGUCCAAUUUAAAUAUUGUCACGUGAUAUUCAGCAUUCUGCCAUUUCGUUCAAGCUCAGACAACCAACCCAAUCUUUGCCUGAGGUUCAAGAGGGAAAUAGUCGCCGAACUCUCAAUCUAUCGCCGGCAGCUAAGCUCCACAUUUCGUAAAAGUUCUUCUCUCGGCGAGAAGAAUUAACUAGCUUAGGCUUAACAUAUAUUAACAUUCAACAUAAAUUAUGAAACGUUGGACAAGUUUGAGACGCCGUCUCACAUCUGCCAAGGAAGAAGAUAAAAAGAAAGAAAAGGAAGAUGUCAAGUCUAAGUCUAAAAAACGCGAAAUCGCCGGAAAAGAAUCGCCAAUUAAGGAUCGAAAAACUGGUUGUCAUGAGUACGAGGGGGUAUGUUUACCAGUGACUGUUACCACGGCAUCGCUUGACAUGAUAAAAAUGUUGGAGAUACGCGAUGAUGACGUAUGGGUCUUAAAUUACCCAAGAUCUGGCGGUUUGUGGAUCCAAGAGAUUGUUUCUUGCGUCAUAAACGGAGCUGACCUUGACUCCGUCACCAACAUCCCAAUUGCUGACAGGUUAAUAAGACUGGAAAAUAUGGAGAACAAUAAAAAUAACGCGCCUCAAAUGUUUGAGAAAAUUAACAACAUGGAGUCUCCAAGGAUGAUUCGCACCAGUCUGCCUUACCAUAUGCUGCCGUUCCAGAUCCAUUCCAAGAAACCAAAGAUCAUCUACAUGGCACGAAACCCCAAAGACGUCGUUGCGUCUUAUUAUCAUUUUUACAACAGUGAUCCUGUACUGCCAACGACUACCUGGGAAAAAUUCAUUGAAGAAUUCAUUAAAGGAAAUGUGGCGUUCGGUUCGUGGUUCCCUCAUUUAUCGCCUUGGUGGCAGGAGUAUAGAACCAGUAAUAAUGUCCUGUUUUUAAAAUAUGAAGAUUUAAAGAAGGAUUUACGCAGCAUAGUUAUUCAGAUCUCCCUAUUCCUCGACAAACAUUUCGAAGAUGAUCAGAUUGAAGCCAUUACCAACCACUGUGGCUUUGAUAAUAUGAAGAACGCAGCUGGAGAUGCUGAUGCAAUGAUAUCAACUUACCUUAGAAAAGGUAUUGUUGGUUCAUGGGAAGAACAAUUCACAAUUGCUCAGAAUAAAACAUUCGAUCUCGAGUGUGAUAAGCAUCUCUAUGGAACUGGUCUUCGGUUCGACUAUGAAUCUUUUAAAGUGGAAUAGAAAGUGUAUAUUAGCUCUGUUGAAAUUGUAACGUGUAUAACAGCGCAGAGUUGCAGUGUUUCAAAAGUCUAAUAUAAUUUACAUUUACACAAACUAUGCACUGAGUGGUUAAUUACAGUGACAAUGUCACUACAACUGCGCAUGCGUCCUAUGACAUGUAAAAUCACAUCAUCAGUAAACAAAGAGAAUAUUCUGCUUCUUUACCGGACGUAAGUUUUUAAAAUACAAAUAGAUACAAUCAAAUUAAGUCUUGCAGUCAAUUACAGACGAACUCUCUUUUUAAGACAUGGUAGAAAAGGUGUAUAACUCAUGAUAAUUUUAAACGUCAAUUAGAAACAUAACAAUUGCAGUUGUAGCGACAAUGUUUCUUCAAGAAGAAGACAUUAACAUAUCACAUUAAUUUAUAGGAUACACUAAUUAAUUAGAGUUUAAUUUUUAUUCCAGUUUUUACAUUAUCAUAAAUUAAGGAUUAUUUCGGUAAUUAGGGCGUAUGUUACAAUAAGACGAGAAUAUCUUAUCUUAAACAUCUAAUUUAUAAGUUAGAAUUGUUCUUUCUAUCAUAUUCAAUAAAAGUUAUCAAAUUAUAAUAUUUCUUAAGCAGCAUUUAGCGAUAUUUCACAUUCAUGCUUGACGAUUGGACAACCACACGCAAUUGUCAUUUUGAUAUAUUGCUGUCACCAAUUCUACGUUAUUUGUGGAGAAACGCUUCGGCGACAGAUAACACAACUUUUUUUGUUUCAUUCGAAUAAAGAUAGUUUCAGUGAUGCUUCUUUUUUGAAGAGAUAUUCGUUCAUUUAUCAUCUAGAGAAUAAUUUGUUUUGCAGCUUUAAAUGCUGAACUAACACAGAUUUCGUAUCCUGUUCACCCUAUUGCGAUUAAAAUAAUUAGUUAUUUUAUAAGCCGUCAUUACAUCCACGGUUUCGGUGAUUCAUUUGUAACUACAUUCUGUAAUUGUUACUAAUUUCACAGACGAUUCAGGUCGUGGCCGUUUCACAAUUCAUGCAAGAUCGUCACUAGACAUAAAUGAAACAUUUUUCUGUACGCCGAGAAGUUGAGGUUGGGAGAAUUUGCAAUGUUGUCGCAAAUAUAUGCGGUUUUAUAACACACACCUAUUUCAACUGACACCCGAAACUACCAUAAAUGUUCAAAUUACUAUAAUUCAAGAUAUGUCGUGUAAAAUCAGCAAUAGCUUUAUUGAUAUUUGCAUAUUUUGUGAUGUCAAACAUAGUGUUGCAUACGACUUAUUUACCACUUCCGUGUCACUGAGAAUGUUCUAGAACCGUACUGUGUCUGGGUGGAAUAUUCUAGAUUUUGUUUAGAAACUGGUUGAAUAGGUAAUAGAACACUGUAGGAGGCAUUAGAAGGUAAUGGAACAUUCUAGAAAUUGGUAGUAAAUUCAAGACUCAUUAUGUAUGCUGAUGUAAUGGUCUAUUUAUAGACAGUGUGGGUAUAUAUAGGGGAGUUGUUCAGCACUGAGUUCAGAUCGGAAAUCUCGUUGAAUUGUAUUGGAGUUUAAAUAUCUAGUUAUUGGAGUAGUGGAGUUUUACCGCGUUAUUGUACUUGAUGUUUGCAGAGUAUAAUAAUACCAGUACCAGUUGAAACCUCAUCUGUUGGCUCCGUGUUCGUAUUUUAUCAUCGCCGCCAGGGAAGUCUUUCUGUUACUGUUGCCAUUUUGGUAUUUGAACCAUCACACCUGUACUAUACCAAUUACGGUAAUAUUACGUUGCUUGCAUAGACCAAUGUAUAUUAUUGUUAAUAUUAUUAUUAUUAUUAUUAUUAUUAUUAUUAAUAUAUAAUUUAUAUCAGGAGUAUUAUCAUAUUGUUCAUGACUGGUUAUUAAGAGUUAUUGUUGACUUUAACUACCAUAUUUGACUUAUAAUUGAAUGAACUGGUGGAAAUAGUUAACUUUUAUGUUCAUUAGUUGCAAUAUAACCUUUGAACUUUAGCUCACGUGACGGUAACACCUAAACAGAAUCAUCAAUAAUUGUACAAUUGUUUCUUCCAAAAAUAAUACACUUCGUAUAAUAUUUAAAAAAAAAUGUGUGUAAUAAAACAGUACAUAUACUAAUGA